CUUGCCGUCACGCGCAGCGCCGGGCCGGGCCGGGUCGGGGGCGCGGGCGCGAGGCCGCUGUGCGGGGCCGCGCUGAGGAGGUGCCGGGGGAGGAGCGCUCGCUGCGCCGCCGCCCGGCCUCCGCCGCUGGUGCGGGUCCGCUGGGCGCGAGGACGGCCGAGCCGAGGCCUGCGAACAAAGGAGGGGCGGGGGCGCGGAGCAUGGCGGACCGCAGCCUAGAGGGCAUGGCGCUGCCGCUGGAGGUGCGGGCCCGGCUGGCCGAGCUGGAGCUGGAGCUGUCGGAAGGUGAUAUCACACAGAAAGGAUACGAGAAGAAGAGAUCAAAAUUAAUUGGUGCCUACCUGCCACAGCCUCCAACAGCGAAUGGAGCUGCCGUGGUCCGGUGCAGGCUGCAGCCUGGCGAAGGAGCCCCCAGGAGGAUGCUGCGCUCGGGCCACAUCGGGGCGUGUGACGUCCGAGAAGCCGCCGGCAGAGCGCGGGCGGCCAGCACCGCGGGGAACCGGCCGCUGUUUUACUUUCGUUUCGGGGUGGAUCAAGCGUUGCCUCCAGAGCGCCGGGCUCCAGUUACUCCCGCCUCCUCUUCCCGCUAUCACCGCCGAAGGUCCUCAGGGUCACGAGAUGAGCGCUAUCGGUCAGAUGUCCACACAGAAGCCGUGCAGGCUGCACUUGCCAAACACAAAGAACGGAAGAUGGCGGUGCCCAUGCCCUCCAAGCGCAGGUCCUUGGUUGUACAGACCUCGAUGGAUGCCUACACACCUCCAGAUACCUCUUCUGGCUCGGAAGAUGAAGGCUCCGUGCAGGGGGACUCCCAGGGGACCCCCACCUCCAGCCAGGGCAGCAUCAACAUGGAGCACUGGAUCAGCCAGGCCAUCCACGGCUCCACCACAUCCACCACCUCCUCGUCCUCCACGCAGAGCGGCGGCAGUGGGGCAGCGCACAGACUGGCUGAUGUCCUGGCCCAGACGCACAUAGAAAAUCACUCUGCACCUCCUGACGUGACCACUUACACCUCAGAACACUCGAUACAAGUAGAAAGGCCGCAAGGCUCCACGACAUCGCGGACAGCGCCAAAGUACGGCAAUGCCGAGCUCAUGGAGACCGGCGACGGAGUGCCAGUAAGUAGCCGAGUGUCAGCCAAAAUCCAGCAGCUUGUCAAUACCCUCAAACGACCGAAGCGGCCGCCUUUACGGGAAUUCUUUGUUGAUGACUUUGAAGAAUUGUUAGAAGUUCAGCAACCAGAUCCAAACCAGCCAAAGCCAGAGGGAGCACAGAUGCUGGCGAUGCGCGGGGAGCAGCUGGGUGUGGUGACGAAUUGGCCGCCGUCUCUGGAAGCUGCGCUGCAGCGGUGGGGAACCAUCUCGCCCAAGGCACCGUGCCUUACCACAAUGGACACGAACGGGAAGCCCCUGUACAUCCUCACCUAUGGCAAACUAUGGACGAGAAGUAUGAAGGUUGCUUACAACAUUUUGCACAAAUUAGGUACAAAGCAAGAACCUAUGGUGCGACCUGGUGAUAGGGUGGCACUGGUGUUCCCCAACAAUGACCCUGCUGCCUCCAUGGUGGCCUUCUACGGCUGCCUGCUGGCCGAAGUGGUGCCAGUGCCCAUUGAAGUCCCACUCACGAGGAAGGACGCAGGAAGCCAGCAGAUUGGGUUUUUGCUUGGAAGCUGUGGCGUCACUGUGGCGUUGACCAGUGACGCUUGCCACAAAGGACUGCCGAAAAGCCCGACGGGGGAGAUCCCGCAGUUCAAAGGUUGGCCAAAGCUGCUAUGGUUUGUCACUGAGUCGAAACACCUCUCUAAGCCUCCUCGGGACUGGUUCCCACACAUUAAAGAUGCAAACAAUGACACUGCAUACAUAGAGUAUAAGACUUGCAAAGACGGAAGCGUGCUCGGGGUGACCGUGACCAGGAUUGCGCUCCUGACCCACUGCCAGGCCCUCACGCAGGCAUGUGGCUACACGGAAGCUGAAACAAUUGUGAAUGUGCUGGAUUUCAAGAAAGAUGUUGGGCUCUGGCACGGAAUCCUGACGAGCGUCAUGAACAUGAUGCACGUGAUCAGCAUCCCAUAUGCGCUGAUGAAGGUGAACCCACUCUCCUGGAUUCAGAAAGUGUGCCAGUACAAAGCAAAAGUGGCCUGUGUGAAAUCCAGGGACAUGCACUGGGCGCUGGUGGCACACAGGGAUCAGAGGGACAUCAACCUGUCCUCCCUGCGGAUGCUGAUAGUGGCUGAUGGAGCCAACCCCUGGUCUAUCUCUUCCUGCGACGCAUUUCUCAAUGUUUUCCAAAGCAAAGGCCUGCGCCAGGAGGUCAUCUGUCCCUGUGCCAGCUCACCAGAGGCCCUCACUGUGGCCAUCCGGAGGCCCACAGAUGACAGCAACCAGCCCCCAGGCCGGGGCGUGCUCUCCAUGCAGGGCCUGACCUAUGGGGUCAUCCGAGUGGACUCAGAGGAGAAGCUGUCCGUGCUCACUGUGCAGGACGUUGGCCUCGUCAUGCCGGGAGCCAUCAUGUGCUCAGUGAAGCCAGACGGGGCUCCUCAGCUGUGCAGGACAGACGAAAUUGGGGAGCUCUGUGUGUGUGGGGCUGCCACUGGCACAUCCUAUUAUGGUCUCUCGGGUAUGACCAAGAACACCUUUGAGGUAUUCCCUGUGACAAGCUCAGGGGCCCCCAUCAGCGAGUACCCCUUCGUAAGGACAGGCUUGCUGGGCUUCGUAGGCCCUGGGGGGCUCGUCUUCGUGGUGGGCAAGAUGGAUGGGCUCAUGGUGGUCAGCGGGCGCAGACACAACGCCGACGACAUCGUGGCCACAGCACUGGCCGUGGAGCCCAUGAAGUUUGUCUACCGGGGACGAAUAGCAGUGUUUUCAGUGACCGUCCUGCAUGACGAAAGGAUCGUGAUUGUGGCCGAGCAGAGGCCUGACUCCACGGAGGAGGACAGUUUCCAGUGGAUGAGCCGAGUGCUGCAGGCAAUUGACAGCAUCCAUCAGGUUGGGGUUUAUUGCCUGGCCUUGGUUCCAGCAAACACGCUCCCCAAAACCCCACUGGGUGGGAUCCAUCUGUCAGAAACAAAGCAACUUUUCCUCGAGGGCUCACUUCAUCCCUGCAACGUUCUGAUGUGCCCCCACACAUGCGUCACAAACCUGCCUAAGCCACGACAGAAGCAACCAGAAAUCGGCCCUGCCUCUGUGAUGGUGGGGAACCUGGUUUCUGGGAAGCGGAUUGCGCAGGCCAGCGGCAGAGACUUGGGCCAGAUAGAAGACAACGACCAGGCCCGCAAGUUCCUAUUUCUUUCGGAGGUCCUUCAGUGGCGGGCGCAGACCACCCCCGACCACGUCCUGUACACGCUGCUCAACUGCCGGGGUACAAUCGCGAACUCACUGACGUGUGUCCAGCUGCACAAACGAGCUGAGAAGAUUGCAGUGAUGCUAAUGGAGAGGGGACAUCUGCAGGAUGGGGACCACGUGGCCCUAGUCUACCCACCUGGGAUCGACCUCAUUGCAGCGUUUUAUGGCUGCCUGUAUGUGGGCUGUGUGCCCAUCACUGUUCGUCCUCCACACCCACAGAACAUCGCCACGACGCUGCCCACCGUGAAGAUGAUCGUGGAGGUGAGCCGCUCCGCCUGCUUGAUGACAACACAGCUCAUCUGUAAGCUGCUGCGGUCCAGGGAGGCAGCUGCAGCCGUGGACGUGCGGACGUGGCCCCCCAUCCUGGACACAGAUGAUUUGCCAAAGAAACGGCCUGCCCAGAUCUACAAGCCGUCCGACCCAGACACGCUGGCUUACCUCGACUUCAGCGUGUCCACAACGGGGAUGCUCGCAGGAGUGAAGAUGUCCCAUGCAGCCACCAGUGCCUUCUGCCGUUCCAUUAAGCUGCAGUGUGAGCUGUACCCCUCCAGAGAAGUGGCCAUCUGCCUGGACCCCUACUGUGGACUGGGGUUUGUCCUGUGGUGCCUCUGUAGUGUGUACUCCGGGCACCAGUCCAUCCUCAUCCCGCCCUCUGAGCUGGAAACCAAUCCCGCCCUGUGGCUGCUUGCCGUGAGUCAGUACAGAGUCCGGGACACGUUUUGCUCCUAUUCGGUGAUGGAACUCUGCACCAAGGGGCUGGGCUCGCAGACAGAAUCCCUCAAGGCACGAGGACUGGACCUGUCCCGCGUGCGGACGUGUGUGGUUGUGGCUGAAGAACGGCCUCGAAUAGCGCUCACCCAGUCGUUCUCAAAGCUGUUCAAAGACCUGGGCCUCCAUCCACGGGCUGUCAGCACCUCCUUUGGCUGCAGAGUGAACCUGGCAAUUUGCUUGCAGGGGACCUCGGGACCUGACCCGACCACCGUCUAUGUUGACAUGAGGGCUCUCAGACACGACAGAGUCCGUUUGGUAGAAAGAGGAUCUCCUCACAGCUUGCCCCUGAUGGAAUCAGGAAAAAUACUUCCAGGGGUUCGGAUCAUAAUUGCCAAUCCAGAAACAAAAGGACCGUUGGGAGACUCGCACCUGGGGGAGAUCUGGGUUCACAGCGCCCACAAUGCCAGCGGCUACUUCACCAUCUAUGGAGAUGAGUCCCUCCAGUCAGAUCACUUCAACUCAAGGCUGAGUUUUGGAGACACCCAGACAGUCUGGGCGCGGACAGGCUAUUUGGGGUUCCUGCGGAGAACAGAGCUCACAGAUGCAAACGGAGAGCGCCACGAUGCCCUCUACGUGGUGGGGGCCCUGGAUGAAGCCAUGGAGUUGCGGGGGAUGCGCUACCACCCCAUCGACAUAGAGACCUCAGUGAUCAGAGCCCACAAGAGCGUGACAGAGUGCGCUGUUUUCACCUGGACAAACUUGUUGGUGGUGGUGGUUGAGCUUGACGGGUCAGAGCAAGAAGCCUUGGACCUGGUCCCGCUGGUGACCAAUGUGGUCCUGGAGGAGCACUACCUGGUGGUGGGGGUGGUGGUCGUGGUGGACAUCGGUGUCAUCCCCAUCAACUCCCGCGGGGAGAAGCAGCGCAUGCACCUGAGGGACGGGUUCCUGGCCGACCAGCUGGACCCCAUCUACGUGGCCUACAACAUGUAGUCUGCUCUCUGGCCCCACGGACUUGCCUGGAGAUGUAAACGUUUUUCUCAGUGUCACUAAAGUGUGCAGACGCGAGGGUGAUGUUUGCCAGAAUGGAGCCUUCGUCACGUGGCAGUGAGGAGACUUUCCACAGUGUCCUGAUGGGCAGGGCUGAAACGUGGAGUGGCCACUGAAGUUCACACAGAAGGACUAGGAUUGCUGCCUGCAGUUCGUUGGGAAAGCCCAUUUCAAAAACUUUCUUUUCUUUUUUUUUUUAAUUAUUGGAUAUUAAGUGCUUUCUUCGUAAAUGUGGUAUUUUGUUAAGCCAAAAUAGCAAUUAAAAGAUAUUCUGCCCUCCAGAUGGGUUCUGUUAAACAGUUUAUGUAGUGUGACAGAGAAUUGUUUUCUCUGUUUAAUGUGUCAUGAGAUCUUAAUGACAUGGACCUAUUACUAAUUUAAGCCAUUGCUAGAUCUCAUCCUUUUAGGGAAGUUUGUUGAGGUACGAGAAAACCUUCCAAAUAGCACCUUCCAAUUAGAUUUUAGCAGCUUUCUUUGUCAGAAAUGUGCUGAAGAAACAAAGGCUGCUAUAUGGCCUUUGAAGUUAGCAGAACGAGAAGAAAUGAUAAAUAAGGUGUAUUUCGGCAAUUAUCUUGCAAAUAUCUUUGUACUAAACUAAAAAGAUAAAAUAAGUUAACUUCUUCAUAUGUAAUUAUGUACAAAACGUUUAAUUUAUUUUGAUCUCUUUAGAAGUAUAAAAGAGAAAAACAUUCAAGAAUAUUAAAGUCUUGUAAUAUUUGCUAAUAUAAAAGUGUUGCAUUAUCUUGCGUGGAUGGUAUCACAACAAAUAUAUAUAUGAGAUAUAAAUUCACUAGUGAGCACAGGGGAUUUUAAAGUUUUAAUGCAGAACCUGUCACUUGCAUGGUGUCCCCUCCACUGUACUGUAGAUAAAGAGGUCCUCUCACCCACUUGCUGAUGCGAGCAGUCUCAGAUUGCAGUAGCCUGGUCUGCGCAGCUCUUAAAGAACCAGAGACCAGCUCGAGAAAUCACUGCCGUCUCUAAGAUGGAGCAGAAUUCGAGGCUCAGCGUGCAUGUUUUCCCUCUGCUGUGAGGCAGCAGCAAGCGGCCGGUGCCAGCCUGUACUCACUGUGCUGGGCAGCCGGCGAGCAGCUCGGGUCUCCUAGCUGCAGGAAUCCGCCACACAGUGUUUCCCUUCAUUUUGUUUGUGUCACCUUUUUUGGUCCUCGGCGUGGAAAGGAAGGCUAUCUGUGGUCAUUCGCACCCAUGGUGUUGGUUCCCCUCAGAUGGCCACUGUGCCGAGUGGACACUGUCCAGAAUAGUUUGAAGGGAAAAAGACAUGGAGACGGUCCCCUUGACCAGCUCCCUGGGCUCCCAGCCCGGCGUGAACAAGGGCUGCCGGGACCCCUCACAGUGCUGCUGCUCACUUUGCCUCCUGUGGAUAACACGGUUCUGAUCUCCGUCUCCCGCGGCUGCUGCCUCACAUUUUCAGAGCUCAUCCGUAUACCCCCUAACUGAAUUGGCCCAUCUGUGUCCGGUCGAGAAGAGGCCUCAGCUACCCCAGUGUGCUUUAUUUUUAAAUUGCCCCGAUAUGACCCUGCGGUGGCUCUCGUUGCUAGAUAUGCAUGACGAAGAUUGUUGCUGGGCAGAGUUUAGAUUCUCUUUUCAUUAUAUUGUAGCAAUGUCUUUAUUUGCCUUUGCUACCCAUGCCAGCAGUGAGCCCUUUGCUAAAAGAGAGUAUUUUUUUUUACUUUUGAGAUCCAAGGCUAAUUGUUUUUUUUAAUUUUAAGUGGAAUAUUUUUUAAAUUUGUGUGCAUGUGGAGUGUAUCCUUCCAUCUCCACAAAUCAUUUGAUUUUUAACAUACUUUGACUUCAUUGCCGUAUAUGAAUAUUUCUCUACAUGCUUCAGAUACACAUUCCUGCAGUCUCCUGCUUCCUAAGGGGGACAAACCCUACCACACAGAGAAAAAAGAUAUUUUCUUACACCCUUGUUUAAGGGGAAGAGGGCUUAAGGUUUCAGAUAAGACACUAGGAAACACAAUUGCAGAAUAAUGCGUGCAGUCUGCUGAUGUCAGAAGCACACAAAGCAGAUGUCCCUUCACACAUGACCUUCACCAUAUCAGCUUCACGUGCAAGGCAGUGUGUCUGUGCAAGUGGUUAGUGACGUCUUGCCAUCUCUGGUGUUAAAGUAGAGGGGCUCAGACAAACAGUUGGGGGCUAGGAUCAAAGUUCUGUUGUGCAAGAGAAAGGAAAGGGGAUGCUUAGGUACCACCCGUUUCAGCAAUAAGGAAGGGUCGUUCCAUAUUAGAAAUCGUACUGUGGAUACAUCACUCAUGAGAAUGUAACCAGUGUUUGUCUCGUGACCUUGUGCUUUUGAAGUCAGACAAAACCGUGUAAAUCACCUUGCACAAAGGAGGGUCCACAAUGAACAUUGAAACACAGACCUAACCCAACAGGGCGGCUUCCUCAUGGUGCUUGUUUAUUAUAUAUAUUUAAUCCUGCUUGACACUUUACCCAAGGGAGACUGUCCCUUUUAUCAGUUGAAUGUUAGCAGCGUUAUUUCAUAGAGUGUGGCGACUGGUAGAGAAAUUCAUGUACUCAACCAGUCACUAUUUCAAACAAUUUUUAUGUGCAAAGGACGGCAACCUUCUCGUAUGUUGAACCACCAGUAAGCUUUGUACAUCUGUGAUAACGCCUGUUUUAUAUUCAAAUGAACAAAUAAAAGCUUUUAUUUUUGUUGCUCUGAAAA